AUGCCAUUGACUAUAUCGGGACAAUAUCCACCUUCCGAUUCUUACCUCAAAUCGAAAGAUGGCAAAACCCCAACACAUCUUAUAUUCUAUUCGGACGUAGAAGGAGGCAGGAUGUGGUGUCCUCAUUGUAGGGAUGUAGAGGGAAUUGUGAAAAGUGCUUUCACAGGAAACUCAAAACCUAAUGGUGUCAUAACUUAUAUUGGACCUUAUUCUGGGUGGAAGAACAUCCCUACCCACCCUGCAAGGAUAAAAUAUGGUGUGAGGUCCGUACCUACCAUCAUCAAGCUGGAUGAUAAUGGUAAAGAAUUAGAUAGAGUCGAGAAACCCGGGAUUUUAGAUUCAACUCGAUUCGACGAUUUCUUGGGUUUAUAA